CCUGGCGUCGAGAAAUCAAUGAAGUGAAAUUCUCCACGAUGGAAGAAGAAAUUUUACCCGAGACCGACGUGGCCGAAUUGGAGCUUGAGGCUGUGAUCGGCUUCAAUGGACACGUUCCCAGUGGUCUCAAAUGCCACCCUGACCAGGAGCACCUGAUCUAUCCCCUGGGCUGCACUAUCCUCAUCCAGGCAAUAAAUAGUAACGAGCAGAAAUUCCUACAUGGCCAUGGUAACAAUGUCUCCUGUCUGGCCAUCUCCAAGAAAGGAGAUUAUAUCGCCUCUGGACAAGUCACUUUCAUGGGGUUCAAGGCAGACAUCAUUCUGUGGGACUAUAAGAAGAGAGAGCUGAUUGCUCGGCUGUCACUGCACAAGGGUAAAAUCGAAGCCCUGAGCUUUUCGCCCAAUGAUUUGUACCUGGUUUCACUUGGAGGCCCAGAUGAUGGAAGUGUGGUGGUGUGGAGCGUAGCCAAGAGAGAUGCCAUUUGCGGCAGCCCCGCGGCGGGCCUCAAUGUCGGCAACGCCACCAAUGUGAUCUUCUCUCGGUGCCAGGAUGAGAUGUUUGUCACGGCUGGGAAUGGGACAAUUCGAGUGUGGGAACUGGAUCUCCCCAAUAGAAAAAUCUGGCCAACUGAGUGUCAAACGGGACAACAGAAAAGAAUAGUCAUGACGACUGGAAUGGCUGGUGAUGACAGCUUUUUCUACCUCGGCACUACAACUGGGGACAUUCUCAAAAUGAACCCCAGGACCAAACUGCUGGUAGACACUGGGCCUGCGAAGGACAAGCUCAGCUUGGGAGUGUCAGCUGUCAGGUGCCUGAAGAUGGGUGGUUUGUUGGUCGGCUCUGGAGCUGGUGUGCUGGUCUUCUGCAAAAGCCCCAGCUACAAACCCAUCAAGAAAAUUCAGCUGCAAGGCGGUAUCACUUCUAUCACACUCCGGGGAGAGGGACACCAGUUCUUUGUAGGAACAGAGGAAUCACACAUCUAUCGGGUUAACUUCACCGAUUUCAAAGAGACUCUCAUUGCAACCUGCCACUUUGAAGCUGUCCAGGACAUUGUCUUUCCAUUUGGUACUGCUGAGCUGUUUGCUACCUGUGCCAAGAAAGACAUCAGGGUGUGGCACACAGUAUCCAACCGGGAGCUGCUUCGGAUCACCGUGCCCAACAUGACCUGCCAUGGCAUCGACUUCAUGAGAGACGGCAGGAGCAUCAUCUCAGCAUGGGAUGAUGGGAAAAUCCGAGCCUUUGCUCCAGAGACAGGCCGGCUGAUAUACGCCAUCAACAAUGCUCACAGGAUUGGAGUGACCGCCAUUGCUACCACCAGUGACUGUAAACGGAUCAUCAGUGGUGGAGGAGAAGGGGAGGUAAGGGUGUGGCAGGUAGGCUGCCAGACCCAGAAGCUGGAGGAGGCCCUAAAGGAGCACAAGUCUUCCGUGUCCUGCAUCAGGGUGAAGAAGAACAAUGAGGAGUGUGUCACUGCCAGCACCGAUGGGACAUGCAUCAUUUGGGACCUCGUGCGACUUAGGAGGAAUCAGAUGAUCCUGUCCAACACCCUAUUCCAGUGUGUGUGCUAUCACCCCGAGGAAUUCCAGAUCAUCACCAGUGGCACAGACAGGAAGAUUGCUUACUGGGAAGUAUUUGAUGGGUCCGUAAUCAGAGAGUUGGAAGGUUCCUUGUCGGGGUCAAUCAACGGUAUGGACAUCACUCUGGAAGGGGGACACUUUGUCACAGGUGGACAUGACCAUCUGGUCAAAGUUUGGGAUUAUAAUGAGGGUGAAGUGACUCACGUUGGGGUAGGACACAGUGGCAACAUCAUGGGCAUCCGGAUAAGUCCAGGAAACCGGUACAUCGUCAGCGUGAGUGCAGAUGGAGCCAUCUUGAGAUGGAAGUACCCAUUUGCUUCGUGAAGCAUGCGGGAUCUCUCCAACCUCCACCCUGUACUGAGCACAGGCCUGCCCGAGACCAAGUAUGGAGAACUCCAGCACCAGUCUUGAUUCCUCACAUCUAUUUUUGUUCUGUAGUCAAAAUACUUUAUCUUGAAGUUUCUCCUUUCCUCUAUACAAUACAUUUUACAAUCUUAAAUUGUAUGUUGAAACUGAACUAUGUUAUAGAAAAAAUUUUGUCCAGAAUAUAAUUUUUUUGAGUUUUUAUUAAUAAAGUUGAAGGUGCUGUCUUCUGGCCACGAACUUUUUUCUAUGUCUCCCCAAAUCCACAGGCAUUUCUCCUGAUCUGUCCCCAGAGAGGAAUGCUAUUUUCUUAUAAAAAUAAGAAGAAGUGAGUUUACCUAUGUGUGUGUGGUUAUGGGGAUGGGACUAGGGCCUCACGCAUGGCUAGGUAAGUGCUGUUCCGCUGGGCUACCUCCCCAGCUCAAACUUACCUUUUAAAUUAUCAGUUUAUUGGUGAAUCGGCAUAGACAGUUAGGUUUGAACCCAGAUCUUUGGGCAGGUAUACAGCUGUGUCCACAUACCCCACAGAAACAACAUAAAGAGGAAUGAUUUAUUCUGACUCAGUAUUUCACAGGGUUUGAUCCACACAGGGUUUGAUCCACACCGGCUUUGUCCCAGGCCCUUGAGCAGAACCUUAUGGUGAAGCUUACAGGUGCCCAUCAUGGCAGGCGGGGAAGGAGAGAGGAAGCCAGUGCAGGGGGCUGGCUCCUCACCCCCUUUAUUCACUCCAGGUUCCUGGUCCAUAUGACAGUACCACUCAUAUGUAGAGUGAGUCUUUACCAUAUGAUAGUACCACUCAUAUGUAGAGUGAGUCUUUACCAACUUAAUCCUCUCAAGAACCACCCUUACAGUCUCACCCAGAGGUACCCUUCAAUCUCCAAGGUGAUCUUUAAAAAACUAUAUUUACUUAUUUAUUUAUUGUGUGUGUGUGUGUGUGUGUGUGUGCGCCCAUGCUACAGCAUAUAUAUAGAGGCCAGAGGACAAUCUGGGUGGUCAGUUCUUUCUUUCCAUCAGGUAGUUCACAAAGCUCAAGCUCGGGUCCUCAGGCUUGGUAGCAAGCACCUUUACCUGCU